AUGUCUACCGUCGACGUGUCGGCCGCACUCGACGCGCUCGAGGCGCUCGCUGCGAACGCGUCUACCUCAUCGUCCGGGCCUCUUAACCGCUUACUCAACGAGCACUUCACCGUCGCGCGCGAACGCAUCCUUGCCGGCUCGCCGCCCAAACAAGUCAUCACUGAGUUGCAGACCAACCUCGCCCGCGCCAAAAAGGAUGUCGAGAAGGGUCUGAAAGCAUGGUACUCUGCACUUGGCAACGUCGGCAAGAGUGUCGACAAGUCUUUCCCUCCAAAUCUGUCCGCCAUCAGUGCCGCAUAUGACGACCCACCGCUCUUCGUGGAUGCAGCCGCAUCUAAAGCGCUCGACAAUAUCGUGCUGGACAGCUUGGGGCGGCGUGGCUUGUGGGACGCUGUUGAGGCAUUCGAGGAGGAGACAGACCUCCACUACAACUCUGAGAAACGCGUGCUUUCCGAAGAGCUGUAUCGCAUCGUGCACGACAUCGAGUCCGGCAACCUCUCCUCCGCUAUUCAGUGGACCAACGAGAACAAGGACUUCCUUGCUGCACCACCACACCCCUCUUCUCUCCCCUACCACCUCCACCGCGCCGUCUUCCUCUCCUUCACGGAUCGCAUGAAGGCGUUGGAGUAUGCCCGGGCCCAUCUUUUCGCGUACAUGUCCACGCAGCCGGUGCUGGCUCUCGUGACCUCUUGUUUGUACAGCGGCGCCGACGAGUCGCCGUACGCCAACGACCCAGCGCCCCUCGCGUCCAUGUUCAUCACGGACUACUGCCGGCGGCACGGGUGGGCAAGGGAGGAUCCUCUCGAGGUCGUUGUGGACCUCGGCAGCCGCGGCGGCGCGCUCAACGCAAUCGAGAAGGCGCGUCGUGUGAUGGGCGAGAGGCUGGGCAACGUCCGCAAGUGGGAAGAGCUCCCUAUGGAGGUCCCACUUCCGCCCAAUCGCAGAUACCACUCGGUAUUCGUCUGCCCCGUGUCCAAGGAGCAGGCGACCGAAUCGAACCCCCCCACCAUGCUGUCGUGUGGGCAUGUGGUUGCGCGAGAGUCGCUCACCCGCAUGGUCAAGUCUGGCAAGCGGUCGGCCAAGUGUCCAUAUUGCCCACAGGAGACGGCUCUGACGUCCGCCCAGCGUCUGUACUUUUAG